AUGACUUCGCUCCCUCGCAAAGUAACCGUUGCAAAGAAUUUUCUUUUUUCUUAUGAGGAGAGAGAAACAAUUUGGAGAGAAUUAUUGUCGUGGUAUGAUUUGAAUAAGAAGGAUUUACCAUGGAGAAAACCAAGUACUCACAUUGAACCGAAAGGAAAUUCAUCUGACUCGUCCGAUGAUGAAAGUAAUGAUGAUGAAUUAUUAAAAGAAAUGAAAAUUCAUCAACGAGCCUAUGAAGUGUUAGUGAGUGAAUUAAUGUUGCAACAAACACAAGUGGAAACUGUAAAGAAAUAUUUCGUGAAAUGGAUGAAGAGAUUUCCGACGAUCAAGGAUUUGAGUGAUGCAUCCGAUGAUGAUGUUCAUGGUGCUUGGUCUGGAUUGGGUUAUUAUAAAAGAGCAAGAAAUUUACAUGCUGCUGCAAAAUAUGUAGUUCAAGAGUAUAACAAACCUAUUCAUUACAAGGAUAAGAGUUUAACGCAUAAUGUCAUUUACAAAUUACCUGACAAUGUGAAAGACUUGAUGAACCUAAAAGGAGUUGGAAAAUAUACUGCUGGAGCGGUAGCUAGCAUUGCAUUCGGAAGGUGUGCCAGCAUUGUUGACGGAAACGUGUUUCGUGUGUUUGCUCGUUUAAAACAAAUUGAGGAAGAUAUUGCGGUUCAAAAAACAGCAACUUCAAUAUUUUGGCCAAUGGCCGAUAAUUUAAUUUCUCACUUUAAAGACAUUGAAGACUUGUGUGACGACAAUGAAGAUACCACUCCUAUGAAAACUAGAUAUGGAGAUUUGAAUCAGGCAAUUAUGGAGCUAGGAAGAACUAUUUGCAUUCCAAGAAAUCCAAAAUGUGGUGAAUGUCCUAUUGCAGAUGUAUGCUCCGCAUUUAAAGCUGUGGAGAACAAUGAGAUUAAUUCAGUUGAAAUUUACCCUGUCAAAAAAAAGAAGACCAAGAAACGAGCUCAAAUUGUAUCUUGCUGUAUAUUUUACAAAGACGACGACAAUGAAGUGUGUCUCUAUGAAAAACGGCACGAACAGCUGCUAGGAGGAACGUGGCAUUUUCCACUUGUGGUUGUUUUUGAUGAGAAGAAUGUUGAAGAUGAAGCAGAAAAUUCACAAGAAGAGGAAGAAACACAAGUGAAGUCAAAGAAGAAAAAGAACUCGAAUGCCUCUCAAAAAUCAAAAAAGAACAUCGGCAGCUCAGGAAAAUCAGCCUCCACAGAAUCUGAUUCACAUUUAAGCAAAUUACAACAAUUUCUUAUUGAUGAAGGUUUCAUUGACGCCAAACAUUCAUCUUCGAUACCGUUAGAGUAUCACUCUACUGUGAAUCACGUCUUCUCACAUAUCAAUCAAACGAAUCACAUUUACAGUUGCAGUAGUAAGCACCUGAUUAAGGAUUUACAAUCUAAGGGAAAUUCUGAUUCUAUUGCUGAUCAAUGGAAAUGGUUUGAUCAAGCAGCAAGAGAAUCUCAAGGUAUUUCUGAAGUGGCUAAGAAAAUAUUUAGACAAUUCAAAAAAACGUUGAAAAAUCAAGAAGCAUCACCAGUGUCACCUCCAAAAGUGAAAUUUAAAAUCAAGUCACCGUUUGUAACGAAAAAAGAUGAGUCACAAAAGAUGACAGACGAUACCGUAGCAGAAGAACAUAAGUCUUCAGAUAGUGAGGAAUCAACAGGCGUGGUUGAAGAAAAGGACGAUAAAACCACUACAGCAACUGAGGAAAUCGAAGAAAACAAAGCAAGAUCCUCUAAAGUUAAGGUUGUCAAGAAAUCAUCUACGGAUUCAUCCAAGAAAAAACGAAAGAAGAAUGAAGAUGACAAAAAACCAACAGAAUCCGUUUCCACAACCAAGAAGAAGAGAAAGCAAACUACUCUUACAGCUUUCUUGAAGAAUUAA